ACCACAUCAAGAGACCACAUCAACAUCGCAUUAACAUCGUAUCAACAUUACAUCGACAUCACCAAUUCUUCGAUCGUCUCGAGUAACAUCGAGAUUUUCCAUUGAAAAUUGGGAAUCACUUAGAAAUAUCUCUUUAUUACUCAAGGACCAUUCCUAUUAUACAAUUUCUCAACACACCCCCGACUUUCCUCCCACCAGCUAUGACAGCGCGAGUUAAAGUGCUGUCCACGGCAUUUGGCAAUAAGACGCACUGGUGGUAGCUUGGGAGGGCCACUCACGAAGUCAUUGCGCCCGAGAUCAAAAUGUAUACCACUCUUCAAACUAUACAAAUUGCAGUUGCGCUUCCAUGGGCCGACAUCGCUUUCAUUGCUGGGCUCAUGAUGCUCUACUCCCGCAUCUUGUACUGGAUGGAACGCGACGACACGUACCUUUACGUCGAAGAAAUUCUCGCUCACUUCUAUCUGGUAAUCUUGGUGGUAUUCUGCGGUAUUACCUGGCUUUGGCGUGAUAUCUUGGCAGAUAUGCAGCUGGCUUUUGCCCCUUGGAUCAAGUAUGGUAGUCUUGUGAUGCCGGCGAUGGCGCAUGAGGUUGUGACGAAGUGGGCUAUCCUGGAUCGUAUGGCUCGCUCUGAGCAAAUGAAUGAUCCUAUCAAGGUGCAGUUCAUCCAUUGCCAUCAUGGACGGAAAUAUCGAAACACCGCAGACACCUCCGACUACUGAUACAACUAUUGACAGCGAUGAUGAGGACGACAAUCAAGAGCCCAUGACUUUCAAUUUCAAUGGCCCACAAUCAACAGAAGAAGUCCGUGACCAAGCAGUGCAAGAGUCGGCAUCCUUCAAUAGAAGAUCCCAGUCAGCAGAUUCCUCGCAGGAUGAAGCUCCUACACAACCAAUUUCUUUUAACUUUGGACCCCAACCAGUCGAACGCCCAGCAGCGGAUAUCAUUAAUGCCUUCACAGCAGGUUCCAGACGGCCCCAAAUGCCUGCUGGAGUUCGCGAACUUGCCGCUGCCAUUAACAAUAGAAGACGUGCAGCUACUAACAGAGAAUAUCGUGGAGUCGCCACUGCAUAUAUCGAUGAGGAUGAACGUGGUACUUAUGAUCCGAUAAAAUCACGUAGGACUCCACCAUCUCCAUUGAGAUCAGCAAAGCGGGUCAGGGUUUCCAAUGCGGUUAAUAAAGAUGGAACUCUCAAGCCCAAGAGACCUACCAAGCAGAUUGGCUUCCGAUAUGAAAUGCUGGUCAAGUUUAAGUUUCAAAGCAACAAAGCUUUGGACUAUCUUCGCACUCUUCCACCUGGUCCAUACGAAUCUCAGUCCAGCAAUGCAGAUGAAGAAGAUGACUGUUACGAUUCUGGAUAUGGGGGCUCAUUCAAACGAAAGAGAGAAGUCAAACGGCCAAGAAGACUUGGUGCCACAGCUACCAGAUCCGAUGGUCUUACGAUUGAUGGCCUUAUUGAGGGUCACCCUCAACGCCGUGGCUGCAGAUGCUGUUUUAGUCAAGGCAACGAUGAGUGUACUCUGAUUGAGCAUCCAGAUGAGUAUCCAUGCGAAGCUUGCGACGACGCUGAAACCGACUGUGUUCUUAUCAUCUCUCCCGAGUUCAAAAAGUCCUGUCUCCGGUGCAAGGGAAAACGACGAAACUGCUCAUACUCCCUUGAUGGUGGAAAAGGUGCUGAUGCUUGCGAUGCUUGCGAAGAAGAAGGCGUUACUUGCUGUGCUGAACCUCUGAGAGAACCCAGCAUUACCAGAAGAUUCGCCAAACUUCCAGCUCGCGUCAAGGGCAAGCCAACUCCAGCAGCAAAAGUCCCAGUGCGAGAGCGCAUGUAUGUUGCUUGUAACCAAUGUCGGGGUACAGGAAAACAAUGCACAAAUCGAGGCAAAGCCAAUCCGGGACCCUGCUCUAAUUGUCGCAAAGCAGGCCACUCUUGCAAGUUCGUUUAUCCACCAACACGAAUCCCCCAACUUCCAACAUCCUCAUCCAAGCCCAAGGCCAAGACUCUGUCCUCGUCAAAAGCCUACGUCAAGUCGGACUCGUCAACAUCACCUCGCGACCGUAUAGGCACACCCCACUCUCCCAACACACUAACAGCGACGAUUUACUCGGAGCUUGAAAAGAAGAACACACGCAAGGCGGAGAAGCUCAUCGCCAAAGGCAUCGCACACAUCAACAUCAUCACCUCUUUCUGCCACCCCAUAACAUUCAACUACGUUCCCGAUCCCCUCCUGAAGAAUCCCUGCUCCUGGUGCGACAACCCAUUCUUCGGACUCUGGGGGCUCGCAAGCACAUCCGGCCCACGCAGAGUUGAAGGAUUCUAUCUACCCAAUGGUGGCGGAUUUGAAGAAUUCUUCAAUGGCUUCUCAGAGCUGGGAUAUAGCAGGAGUGUGAUGUGUAUUGCGUGCACGUACGCAAGAGUAAGAAUCACGCAAUGCCCAACUCAUCGCCUUCUUGCUCUUGAUGUCAAGACCGGUGAAUUCGACCUCGACAUACUGAAUGAGAAGAAGUGGGGACUGGCUCUCCAGGCGUAUGAAGAUGGUGAUAUGAAAGGCGCGGAACUCGUUCGGAAUGCGAAGUGGUGUAGUGUCUGUCCCGCCACGGCGACGUUCAAGUGCUGUUCCCCGCAGUUCUUCGAUGAGAAUGGAGAGCCGGUUACGCCUCAGCAGCAUGCACAAGGCCAUGGACUUGAAGGAUGUGGCUUGCUUGUCUGCGAAGACUGUGCUGAUUUGAUGGGGAAACUCGUUCGUGGAGGCGCGAGGACGGGAGCUAGACAGCUUGAUACGAUGGUCGCGGAAAUUAGAAGGAAUAGAUGGCGGUAUACGGAGGGUGUCAGGGCUGAUGCGGAGUUCCUUACUUCGGGCGGGGAGUUGUUGAGGAGGCUUGGGGAGGGGAUGGGCGCUAGUGAGGGGAAGGUGGAUGAUGAGGGGGACUUUAAAUUCUCAAAAAUGAAGGGAGAAGGUGGGUGGAUUGCUAGUGGUGGUAAUGGUGGAGGUAUGAAGGAAAGGAAGAGAGAUGGCUGGAUGAAUGGAAAUGGCAAAGGCAAGCAGGCUGCUCGCAUAUCAAUGGGUGGGAUGAUCAAAGGAAAGACAACGAUGGGUACGGACGAAGGGCUUGAUGGAAGCAAGUCGAUGAAUGGAAGUACAGGACCUCGCAGUGUCUCAACGAGACCAUCUUCCUCGACGACCUCAUCAACUGGCAGUAUUUUCAACAUUACCAACGUCAAAAGCGAGCGUAAAUUCUGCACCACAGCAAAGUCAAGCCAGAGCACCACCGCAUCCAAUCGAAACCAGUCAUCACAAUACGGCAACAACGGCUCCAUGCCUCCACCCAGCUCUCGGAGCUCCCACAGCUCCUCAUUCACCAACCCUUGGUCAUCUACCUCACAUUUCGCUUCAAGCUCUUCGAGGGACAUGAAUGGUGCUGGCUAUACCUAUGGAUACGGAACUAGGAAUGAGAAUAGAGGCAUCAAGCGCGAAAAGGACACGAGGGGCGAGAUCAUGUUUGGUGGGUUGCUGAAGGAGAGGAAGGAGGAUGUUGAGAGGGCUUUUAGAGGUCAGAUGGGGUUUAUUGAUUUGACUGAGGACGACUGAGCUAUUAACCUAGGCAUGGCCGAAGGCAAUGAAAGAAAGGAAGGGAAGGGAAUAUGUCGGAGUAUCUGGACUCAACGAAUCGAUGCCAAGCAUCUCUUCCUCUUAACAGAUCGUUCAAAAAUUGAGGUACAUAGGGUGAGAAUGAGGAGCCAAGCGAUAGCAGUGGGUGACCUGGCAGCAUUUAUUUUAGCUAGGAACGAGACGCAGGGAAUUAGUCUUUUGCAGCAGGUUCCAAGAUGUGUAAGUAGCUACGACAGACAAUUCACAUCUUUUUAUAUAUACC